UUAUUAUUUCCUUCUUUUUUUCCUCCCUCUCUUCUUUUCAGUUUUGAAGAAAAAAAACCUGUGUAUUUAUCAACAUAACCGCCAUUAAAGAAGGGGUGUUCCUGGUCUAUUUUGCAUAAAAUUAUACGAUAUGGCGGACAACAACAACAACAACGACAGCGCCACUCAGUUGGAUAUCACAGUUGCCAACCAACAAGCCUAUUAUCAACCAGGACAGCAGAUCAGGGGCAAUGUCUCUGUCAACACAGCAGGUGGCAAGUCAUUAACAUUUGCGGCAUUACGACUCGUCUGGACUGGUCGCAUUGUCGCUCAGCUCGCGGGCCAGUUUGACCGUAAAGAGUACUUUAACGAGGUGUUUCAUCUCGAUCCCAAUAGCGAUGCUUUUGUUCACUCGUCUGAAUUGUCGACGCCCGGAACUCUGAUACAAGUCGACGGCCGGGCCACUUUUUCUUUUCAAAUCACUUUGCCAAACGAUCGUCCGCUACCUAGCAGUUUUGAGAUCAAUGAUACAGUGAUGGGUGCCACGUCCAACGUCGAGUAUGUAGUUGAAGUAGCAUUGGAUCAUCAAACGUUCGAUCCAAUGCCCAUUAAAGCGCGUGCAGCUGUGCCGGUUAUGGCUACUAGUACUAUCUCCGGAAACGACGAUCCAUCCCAACAGCAGCAACAGACCAGUGAAAAAACAUACUUGUCGACCGUACUUCAAGAUCGUGCCGAGUACAGAACUGCUGCCCGUAUCACUGUUCCAUUCAAAGUUUCUCCACGAGGUGCUACGAUACCAGUAGUGGCUCAUGUAUGGCAUGACUGUAAGUACACUCGUAGAAACGGCAUUUCUUUGUCGCUUGUGCGAAUGUGUAAGAUCCAAUGUGGUGAACGGACGGAAACCUUGACAAAGGAGUUAUCGACGGUGACACGCGAUCUGGAUUUGGCAUUGCGAACUGGCUAUUCAGUCCAAACAUUGACUGAGACACUGCAAAUCCCAUAUGAUUGUGUGCCAUCCAUUACAGAAGAGCAGGGCGAGCUUGCGUCGGUCGAGUACAGUGUGUUUCUUUCCGUUCACGCCCAUCCAAGCGCCUUGUAUACUGAACUCCCAUCCGACAACAACACAUCGGCUAUGCAGUAUAUGCUAGUCGGGAUCCCAAUGCACAUCGAUACGCAACAACGACAACCCCAACAGCAGCAGCAGCAGCCAUCACCACCAGAACAACAACGAGUACAGGAGCCACGCUAUGAAUCGAGCAAAAUCGCGCGAGGAGAAACCUCUCGCUUUACAGCUAUCACAACCCCAACCAAAGAUAACAACAAAAAAAUGACGGACCGUAUGAAAGGCAUGUUCCGUCGCCGAUCGAAGAUGGAUCCUGUUGCAGGUGUGCCAGUGCUUAGUAAUAAUAACGAAAGCAGCAUCAGUGUCGGCAGCAGCAGCAAAGGUGGCAGCUCCUUGCGCCAGGUCAUGUCAUCGUUCCGGCCACGGAAUAACAGCAACAACAGCAAUAGUAAUACCAUCAACAGUAAUGGUGCGAAACCACAAAGCUCGGCAUCGUCGGUUAACUCUGGUCAGAUGCCUUCAACUACCAUCCAAACAUCACCAGCACAGUCGGCUAAUUCAUCCAUUACGGAUGUAUCCAAGAACCUGCCUCAGCCUCAACCUCAGCCACAGCAGCUACAGUCGGCAUCCUCCAGCCAUUCUCCUCCUCCGCCACCUGUUGCUGUGCCACCUUCAAGUCCAACACCAUCGUCAGCGGCAAUCCCGCCACCUCCAUCUUACGUAGAAUCAAAACCAGCCCCAGAAACUGCUCCAUCACCUUCCUCUAUUACUGCGUCACCGAUGUCCCCACUACCGCCUGCAAUUGUACGCGCCAUGUCCACUCAUGAAAAACCAUUACCCACGAUCAACUCUGUGCCUUUGCCCGUAGUAUCCAAAGCACGCGACCCAAUCCCUGGCCUAGAAGGCGGCGGGGUGUACACUUUUCAUAUCUUUCCCGAUUCAGAUGAAGAAGAUGAUGAGGAGCAAAAAACUCCUACCAGUGCUUCAACCAAAGUAAAUGGUGGGAGUGAUGAGGUGACAACAACGCCGGAUAGCAACAUCCAGUACUUUGACAUGUUUCCCGAUUCAGAUGAUAACGAUGCAGACCGCGCAACUGAAAAACGAGCUGUACGUGAAAAGUUAACGACGCUCUAUCCGGAUGCGGGAAAUAAGCUGGAUCAGGUCAGUGAAAGUGAAUCUGACCAUGAUGACUCGGAUGAAGACGAGAAUGACUUGCUAUCUGUGAUGGCAAGACGAGAACGACGUAUUGAACGUGCUAAAGUACGGUCGCAUUAAACAAACAUCACCUCCUACCUUCCUAUAUCAUAUUCCCCAACCUGAUUACUCCCCCUCUACUCUAUUCAUAUAUCUUUGAUCUAUAUCAUUUACUUUUACGUUUUCUGGACUUUUUACUUCAUGCAUCCUAGCAUAAUAUAUGUACUUUUGCUCAACAGCCGAAUGUCAUUUGAUGCUGUUUGGAAAAUAUGCUGGUACCUGAUGCUUAAUCUAUUUUCAUUGGCUAAAACACUCCCC